AUGGAGGGCGGCGGUAGGACGAUGAGCACCAGCAGCAUUGGGAAAAUAUCAUCCCCUUGGCUGAUGCUACCGUCGUCGUCAUCCUCGGAGGCGUUGUAUAGUAAGUUUUACAGCCUUCCAGAGAUGAAAGUGGUGAGCAUCAAGAAGGAAGCACCGCCGCCUCCGUGGGCACAAGGCGAGGUGAAACAUGUGGGAUACUCCCACGGCUGGGUGGCAUUAUACAACAGAGACAAUCGACAAACUUUCCUUUCCGAUCCCAUCACCGGCCGUCACAUAAAGCUUCCCGACAUCCACGCCUUGCGCCCAUAUUCCUCCAUCAUUUGGCCCCACAUGAUCAUCCUAUCCUCCCCUCCCACCGCCCACGACUGCCGCGCGAUCAUGGUGUACGGCCCCAGAUUCUGCAUCGCGGUCUGCUUCCCCGCCCACACCAGCGCCACCUGGCUCCCCGUCUGCGGCCAAGGCUCCUACACCCAACCCGUUUACUCCACCCACCACAACCGCCUCUUCUGCAUAGCGGAACAUGACGCGGUCGGGUGCUGGGACCUCGAAUCUUCCUCCUUAGUAUGGAAGUCGGAUCCUUAUUUUAACAAGGACAACGACAAGGGCUGCCAUUACAAUAAGUAUCUGAUGACUGAUGAACAUUCGGGCCGGCUAUUUCUAGUGAUACGUAAAGUGGUGAACCAGGUCGGGCGCGACGGAUCGCUCGUGAAAUCCAUCCGCCUUAAGAGUGGCUACAACGACUACGAUAGUUACCCACACAAAACCACUAGUUUCGAGGUGUAUGAAAUUGAUGCCAAGGAUGGUAAAAUGAGGUACAUGCACGCUUCAUUGGAUGGUUUCACAAUGUUUGUCGCAUGCAACCACUCAUUCGUGAUGCAAGCAGCGGACUUGAACUUGAGUCCAGAUUCGAUUUAUUUCACUGAUAAUCUAAUUUUUACUUACGAUGGUAGAUGUAAUCAUGAUAGUGGCAUCUUUGAUUACGUGGAUAGGAAAGUAUCUUCCAUCUAUUAUCCCUCUCAUGUCUCUCAGAUAUCACACACGCUUGCUCCAACCAUGUGGUUCACUCCAAUUUCCCACUAG